AUGCUGAUGGUCGUCGUUCAGGCCACAUUUGCCGGAGUAAACGUCUUCUACAAACUCGCCGCCAACGAUGGCAUGAGCCUCAGGGUUCUGGUUGCCUACCGCUUUCUCUUCGCUUUCGCCUUCAGCGUUCCCGUUGCCAUCAUCGUCGAAAGAGGAAGAAGGCCAGAGCUCACGUGGAAGCUAGCGGGGCAGGAGUUUCUACUUGGAUUACUGCAGUGUUCCGCUAAUCAAAAUUUAUAUUUGGAGAGUUUGGUGUUAACCUCUGCAACGUUUGCUUCCGCCAUGACCAAUUUGGUUCCUGCCAUCACCUUCGUUUUGGCAAUCUAUUUCGGGUUGGAGAAGCUAGGAUGGGGUACAAUGGCAGGGAAGGCGAAGGUGGCUGGAACAUUGAUGUUCAUUGGAGGGGCGAUGCUGCUUACCUUCUACAAAGGCGUUGAGAUCAACCUCUGGUCUACAGACCUUGACCUUCUUCACAGCCACAGCCACAAUAAUUCACGCUUGGGAUCUGGCAAUCUCAAGUUGGGAGCUUUCCUCAGCGUUUGCUACUGCUUCUCCAGCGCCGUCGGCUCAAUUCUGCAGGCGACGAUGAUACAGGACUACAAAUGUCCCUGCUGGACGACGGCCAUGGCUGUGACGAUGGGAGCCAUCCAGUCCGUUGGGUUUGCAGUGUGCAUGGAGAGGGACUGGGAGCAAUGGAAGUUGGGCUGGAACAUCAGGCUCCUCUCUGCAUCUUACUCGGGAAUCGUGGCCUCUGGGGUCAUGAUGCUGUUGACGGCAUGGUGCGUCAAAGAGACAGACCCGCUCUUUGUAUCAGUGUUCAACCCUCUCAUGCUCGUGCUUGUGGCCAUUGCUGGGUCCUUGCUUUUCGACGAGAAGCUACACUUGGGCAGCGUUUUAGGAGCGGGGGUGAUAGUGUUGGGAAUAUUCACGGUUCUGUGGGGGAAGGCAGAGAGUGGAAGAGGACACAUCUAUGCCUCCUCCAUUGUCGGAUCUCCUCCCACAAUGAUCGCCACCGCCGCCUAUCGCUACCUCCAGCGCCACAAGCUACUAUCGCCGCCUCCUGGUUGUCGCCACUCAAGGGUUGCAAUUGAGCUAAGCCUGCUCGAUGAGUUUGGUUCAUGUGAAUUGAGCUCGGCUCGUCAGGAAGCUUGGCAUGGGCUCAGAGAAUGGUUGCAUGUGGUGAAGAAGGUGAAUGGGUUGCAGGCAUCAUUUCUGUUGGAGAAGAUGAAUCGGGUGGAGAAGGUGAAUGGUCAUGGCCUCAAGCGAUCGCCUUCUUUGCCAGAGAAGAGAUAUGGAGUUCAAAAUCCGUAUGUUGAGAGCUUGGCUUUAACAUCUGCAAAGUUUACUGCAGCCAUGACCAAGCUCAUUCCUGUCAUUACCUUCAUGUUGGUCGUUUUCAUGGGGGUUGGAGAAGCUGGAAUUGGGUACAAUGACAGGCAAAGCAAGGCUAGCGGGCACAUUAAUUGGGAUAGGAGUGGUGAUGUGUCACAUUUUAACGAUUUGGGUGGCUUAAACGUCAGGAUCAGAGAUUUGACAAAUUUGAUAUCAGAACUCAACCCUGACCGACCAGAAUUUGGUAGCGUUUAA